CGGUGCCCGCAUGGAGGACGCGCACCGGGCCGCCCGCCUGGCCGCCUCCUGCCUCCGCACGCCGCUCGACCCGCGCACACGGGCGCCCGCCGCGCUCUACGAGCGGGGGCCGCCGCCCGCCGCCGCGCAGGUACCGCGGGCACGGCCCGGGGCUCCGCGGGGACCUCCCGGGGCACAGGGGACACACGGACAGACACAGGCGGGGGACACCUGGCAGAUAGCCCGGGCGCAGCGCCGAUCCCUUAAUGCGCUUGCGGAGCAGAUGGAGGCACUCCCUGCCCUGCCCUGCCCUGCCCUGCCCGGGGAGAGCUGGGACCUCCGCGGGGCGAGAAAACAAGCUGGGCUUGGACACGCCGGAUCCGGGAGCUGGAGGGUGCUGGAUCCCAACGCUUCAGGAUUUUUGCAGUGAAAACCUGACAAAACAUAAAAAAGAUUUUUCUUUUUUUUUUGUUGGAAUGUCAGAGUUUAUUCAAAUACCCCUGUGUGGAAAAAUAAUACUCUAAUUAUAUUUAUAAAGAAACUGGACGAUGACUUUUUUUUUUGCUUAGAAGAAAAUGAAGCUUUUGUGUGCUGACUAACCUGGCUUUAAUAACUUCUCUGACUCGUGUAAGCUUUAAAAACGCUUAAAGAAUAUUAGCUGCACACAGCUGCAAGCUGACAAGCAGUAUUGGAAAUAUAAGCUGUGCAGAAUCCCUGUCAUUUCACAGAUGGCUUCGACUUGGAUUCAAAUACCAACAGAGAGCAGGCCUCCACUCCAAAGAGAGACUGUGACAAGUGGAUAGACUUUUCCAAAAUGUACAAUUCCAAUCAAGAGUAUUACUUGAAGCUGGAAGAGCUGAAAAAUGCCCACAUGGAGACGAUGGCAAAACUGGAAAGUAUGUAUCAGAACAAACUGUAUUUAAAAGGAGUUCGAGCCCUGGAUAAGAGAAAUGACACCUCUCCAAAGUGCUGUAGUGAUGAUUCCUUAGAGUGGAAGUCACCGGCUUUGCAUCAAUGGUGGACUGGCUCAAACCAAGACUCAGACUCAAGCGAUCCCUUGGGCUCAAGCGCAUCGGACGCGUCUGAUGAAGAAUUAGUGUUUGAAGAGAACGGCAGCGAAGCUGGAUCAUCCUCAUUUGCUAAAGAGCAGAUUGAAAAAAUGUGGGAUGGCUUCUGCCUGGAAGACUACAUCUUCUGUGCCAAGCACAGCCUGCCCAGCUCACCAGCCCGCAGGAAAGUGCGCAAGAAAGAGAAGGCGUGGUACCCCAGAAUCACCGUGCCCAAGCCCUUCCAGAUGACCAUCAGAGAAGCUCAGAAGAAAGAGCAGAACGUCAAAUCCAAGUCACAGAUUGAGCUGGAAAAUCACCUGCUGAAGAAGCAGCUGGAGGAGGAAGCAGAGUGUCAGAAGAAGUUCCGAGCCAACCCCGUGCCCGCCACCGUCUUCCUGCCGCUGUACCAGGACAUCGUGCAGCGGAACGAGGAGCGCAGGAGGUCUGUGAGGGAGAGGAGCAGGCUCCAGCUCCUGGCCACCCAAAAGCCCUUUAAGUUCAUUGAGAGAGAGAGGCAAAGGCUUGAAGCCAGGAAAAUGCAGUUAAAAGACCUUUCCCCACCUGAAAUUAAAAUCAAAGUGUUCAGAGCGAAACCAGUCCCCAGAUGUGUUUAUAGUCCAGAUUUCCAUGACAAGGUAAAGGAAGAGGAGCUCUGCAGGGAAAUCAGGAUCAGGAUGAGAGCUGAGGAGCUGCUACGAAAUUCAUCUGUACCCAACAGCAGACUGGCCUUAAAAGAGACCAGCAAAAAGAAGAAACACAGGAGCACUGAACCAAAGCAAAUGGAGCACAAGCUCAAGAUCAAAUCGAGCGUUCCUGAUUUUGAACUCCUACACGAGAAAUUCCAGAAACGCCUCCUGCGACAAAAAAAAGUGAAACCCCUCACAGUCUGUGAGCCUUUUGACCUUUGUACUUCAUACAUCCCCUCAAAUAAGGACAGGAUCUUGAAGGACAUGCAAGAGGAUGAGGAAAAACUGAAGGAAACACGGUGGCCGUUUGCCUCUCCGAGACGGAAGCCUCAGUCAGGGGCAAAGCCUCAUCUCCUGGGAGAGGGAAAAUCCAAACCUCCCAAAACCACAGAAUCCACCAGACGGCGGCUGCAAGCCCUGAGGAAUUCCCUUGAGGAAAAGAGAAAGCUGGAAGAACAACAAAAAAGGAACAGAAACAAGCAGAAACAAAGAACGAAAAAAUUCCAGAAAAUUGUGAUGGCUCGGGCUGAAGCCAAUGACCCACAUCAGAGCCUAGCUCAGAUGUCUAAACCCAGAUUAAAAACAUUCAGGAACAACGAGAAGCAGAGAAGGCAGGAAUAUUUGCAAGAAUUGCAAGAAAUGGAAGAAAGAGUAAAACAAAUGCCAUUGCUUUUAGAAAGAGUCACUCAGAAAAAUGCCAGAAUAGCUGCAGAAAAGUAUUAUUCCAACAGACUGAGAGCACUGGGGAUCUGCCCAGAGUUUGUUUCAAAGAAAGGAGGAGCAGCCAAAUCACUGCACUUCUCCACUGCUGGAGAUUUCACCUCCAUUGCUGGCAGAGCAAGAACCACCAAGGUUAAAGUGAAAAAAAAUGAAUUCUUUGAGGAAGCAGCUGGUGACAGUCCCCAGUCUGAGCAGUCCUGGGAGGAGGAGGAGGAGGAGGAAGAGAAGAAAGGUGUCAAAACCUCCACCCCAGAUGAGCAGUGCAGUGACCUGGAGGAUGGGGGUGAGGCCAGGGCCAGCCCUGAUGUCCUUGAGCCUGAAUCCAACCAGCACAGUGACCAGGAGGAGGAGGAGGAAGAGGAGGAGGAGGAAGCCAAGGCAGACCUGUCACUUGGCCAUUCCCAGGAGGAAGAGGAGGAAGAGGAAGCAAAGGCAAGUCCAUCACUUGGUCAUUCCCAGGAGGAGGAAGAGGAGGAAGAAGGCAAAGCAGGCUCAUCUCUGGACCAUUCCCAGGAGGAGGAAGAGGAGGAAGAAGCAAAAGCAGGCCCAUCUCUGGACCAUUCCCAGGAGGAGGAAGAGGAGGAAGAAGCAAAGCAGGCCCAUCUCUGGACCAUUCCCAGGAGGAGGAAGAGGAGGAAGAAGGCAAAGCAGGCUCAUCUCUGGACCAUUCCCAGGAGGUGGAAGAGGAGGAAGAAGGCAAGGCAGGCUCAUCUCUGGACCAUUCCAAGGAGGAGGAAGAGGAGGAUGAGUCCAGACCCAAGUCUGAUGGCUCCCAUGAAGAGGAAGCUCAGUCUGACCCUGAAGCUGAGGGUGCCUUCCAGUAUGAGGAUGAGGAGUAUGAGAGUGAUGGUUCUGAGGAGGAGCCCAGUGAGGAGGAAGGGCACUGAGGAAGGGCUGGGGCUCAGGAGCCUCUUGCACUGCUGGCUGUGCUUUUGAAGCACUUUCUGUAUUUACAAUAUUGCUUCCUCUAGGAACCAUCCCCUCCUGUCCAUGGUUAUCACCAUACCAAGCAGGUUAUGUUCUCUUCUCCUUUGAGGAAGAAAUGAUCACAUCAUUACCUUUUCCAGCUGCUCCAGAUGAAGAGAGGAACAAAAGAAUUCAAAUUCUUGAAGCAAAUGUUGAAAGCCAUUCCUGGUUUGGAAUGAAUUCUGGUCUCAGGUGGAAUCCUCAGUGGCAGCAAGCCAAACAUUUGCCUGAGUUUGGCAGAUAAUAGGCACUCUAAAGAUCAAGAUAUAUUAUUAAAAAUUGUAUCAGAGAAGAACUUGGUGCUUUGCUACAAUCCAAAAUGCUGUGAAUUUGUACCUCUUUGUUGAGGACACCUGCCAGUGCAGGAAUUCUGUUUUUUUUCCAGUCAGAAGGCUCAAGUUGCUGGUUUCCACCAAGAAAAUAAUUUUCCUUCGUUUUACUCUUCUUUGUUGCACUCUUCUGUAGCAUUGGUGCUCCUGUGUUCCCAGAGUGAGCUGCAGCCUCAUUAUUUCAUUCUAAAUGACACAGGAAUUUCAUCAUAAAUUACAGGGUGCUGUGCAACUGCUGAGCCUCCAAUCCAGCUCUUGCCAGGGGCUGGCAAAGCCAGGGCAGGUGUUGGAGCAGGAAUUGCCAUUUUAUCCCUGGAAAAGGGGAAGCUUUUUACCUCAGGGAACUCCAGUUGUAUGAAACUGUGCAAGGGAGUGCUCUAAUACCUCUUCUUACACACUGGCUACUCAGGACUGUAGCUGCUCCAUAAAAAACUCCAAAACAAUGUUUGGGAUUUGGAUUUUUUCUUGUAUCAGCACUCCCUUCCCCUGCUAGUACUGACUUUCUUACUGAAAAUUCUGUCAUUCUUUUUUCCUCCUUAUUUUGUUACAUAGUUUCUCUGUGUUUGGAAGUUUUUUAAGCAUUCUUACUUUUAUUUAUUUUUCAAGUGUGAACAUAAUUAAUGUGAAUUUGAAACUUUUUAAAAACUUGAAUAAAGU